CCCAUAAUGCUACUGCUGUGAUAGACAGCCAUUAAUAUACAGGUGUAUUGACUUACCUGUACAGGUGAGAGGAAGUACGCAGAUUUAGAGCCAGCUCUAGGUCAGGUGGCAAAGUGAAAGUAGAUAUUUGUGUAUGUGUGUGUGCUGUGAGAUUUCACUGUACACAUAAUGCUUGCUGGGAUAAAGGACGUUUCACAUUGAAGGGAUUGUACCGUGACAUUUGUGUAUUCCCUGCAGAAUUUCAACCUGGGAAAUGCUACCUGGAGGAACAUUCGUUAUCUAUUCUGUCUGUAGACAAUACAGGUACCUCUCACAAAGAUAAGGAAGAGUUUACAUAGCUGUGUGGCCUUUGUGAUCCACACACAAUGAAGGAACGCAGUGUCACAUUUCCUUAAACAACAAUAAUAUAUCACUAUAUGUAUACAAGACAAUGUGAAAACUGUUAAGACAUAUUACGGUAAUCUGAGGAGUGUCAUAAUUUCUUUGUCAAAGCUUCUUUUGUUGGAAUCAAUAUAAUAAUUAACAGGACAUGCUUUCUUUGUAUAUAAAUCAAAUUACACACAUGUUACCUCUCGUCAGCUGUGACCCAAGAUUUCUUGGCGACAGACAAUAUAUGCUUCACAAUCAAUAGAUACUGUGUGUUGGAUAUGCCCAUCGGGGUCAGAGGAAAAGUCUGGACAGAUGAAUCAGGAUAUGGAUUGAUAUGAUUUAAUACAUGGUUGUGGAUUUCACUAUAAAGAACUUAAGGAAUGGAUGAAAUUCUCAUACUAAUCAGACCCAGAGCUAUGAUAUAGCGAUAUAUUAUGUUUGAAAUUAGGAGUUACACAUGCAAGAAUAGGGAACAUUUGUAAAUACGAGUAUUGUCUUGCUUGAAGUCUUUAAAAGUUUUUAGAUAUCUUCGUGAGUGUUUGGGAUCUGGAGUAAUUAACUUUCAGAAUGUCUCUGUAUAAAGACCUACAAGCUUUCUAUGUACAGUGUACAUGCAGUAGGUCGUCCAAACGGUUCUGUACGUACAAAAUGCUUCCUCUACUUGUCCUUCUCUGCACGUGUCUUGUCUUGGCAAUGCUUAUCCUUCAUCUGACAGUAAUUUUGGAAACUGAAGAAAAUAUAUAUAAUGUGAAAGAAGGAAUGGGAGAAGGAGAGACAGAGCAAAAGGAAGAAGAUGCUGGGAAUGUUGAGGAAGUGAUAAAGCUAGAAAGUUUAAAGGAUGAAGCAAAAAAAGUUUUCAACAAUCGGCCGCCUGAACUGAUAAACAAUCGUGACUGUCAGGUACAUAAUUUUGUGUUCAUCAAGUGUAUGAAGUGUGCAACUGAGACCAUGGGGACUAUUUUACGCAGAUAUGCUUUAAAAAAUAAAUUAAGUGUUUUGCUACCUCGAGGAAUAAACAUCUACCUGGGAUGGCCAUAUAUGAUGGAAAGUUCCGACUAUCGUCCAUCUAGUAGCCCAAGUGGAAAUCGAUAUUACAACUGCUUGAUUGAACAUGCGAUAUAUAAUGCGUCUGUUAUGAAAUCGCUGUUUCCGCAUCAGACAAGGUUCAUAUCUAUCGUACGAGAACCGUGGUCACAUUUCAAAUCCACUUUUCAUUAUUUCAACAUGCAGAAGUUGGCACAUAUUGUGUCCGACACUCCAUUAUCUACUUAUCUACAAGAUAUAGAUACCUAUGAGAAGAUUUAUAAAAGUCCGGAGGCAGCUUCUCACAGGUACUGUAUCCCGGACAGAUUUUCUGUGACCAAGAAUCUCAUGUGUCAUUGUCUAGGAAUGAAAACAGGAUUCCCCGAAGGUAUGAUGGAUAUCAGUAAAAACUCGAGAGCUGUACAAGAUUUUCUGAACUGGACAGAAAAUGAGUUCGCUCUUAUCAUGAUUGCUGAAUAUUUCCACGAAUCUUUGGUUCUUCUCAAGCGAAUGAUGUGUUGGACGAUGAAAGACAUUAUCUACAAACGAGUCAAUUCAGCAAAAUAUCGAUAUGAGGAGAAUGAUGGCGAUCAAGCCAUUCAUCAACGAUGGAGUCGUGCAGAUUAUCAAAUGUAUAAUUUCUUUAAUGAAUCUUUCUGGGAGAAAGUCAUAUAUCAGGGAAAGACGUUUGUUCAAGAAGUUCAAGUGUUUACAAAAAUUCAAAAUGCUGUAAAUGUGUUUUGUAAUUUUUCAACAGACAGUAUUAAAAUGGACCCCAUGUUUAACGUGACUAAGACUGUUUUAAAGAUUCCAACGACAAAGUUUAGCUUGGACUUCACAUUCACCUUGGAAGAAUGUGAGCUCCUUAGCUCUGAUCUCUUAUCCGCCCUCAAGGAGCAACAUGAGGAGCAUUCUAAGUACGAGGACAAAGACCCUCCUAAACGGACAUGUUGAUUGUGAUUUUUUCAAGAAUUGUAAAAAUUAUCAUAUUAUUUCUAUAAUGCCAGUAAGGAUUUCACAAAAUUAGAUUUUAAAAACAAUUAUCUAUAAUGUUUGAAAAUAAUGCCAAAUUUUCAUAUGAAUAGACAUUUUUUGUUACUCUCAUAAAAUAAUACAUGUACCAGAGACUAGCCCCGGGCUACAGCCUGUGGAAUUGUUGUUUUCUUUUACAACAUACACCCAUAAUGAUCACAAUUAUAUACUGUUAUUUGAUUGGAAAUUUGGUUUGCUAAUUAAUAUGCAGUAUUUCCCAUUAGCCAUUUUACCUAUACUGGCCUUUUGUCUUUAAUUAUUUUUGACAGUUUGGUAAAAAGAGAUGUUCAUCAAGCCAGCAGUUGUGAUAAUAUCUUAUAUAUCUUAGGACAAUAUUUAACUGCUAUAUCAAAAUUUUAAACAUCACUUAUUUUUAUUAUUGAAUGGUUACCAGCUCUGUCGAACUCAAGGUGUCACCCUUACAAUCGAUUUUGUUCCUUAUCAAUUUAUUCCAUAUUUUUGGUACAUGUAUUGCAAUAUACAGCGACAUCAAGUCACAAACACUUUUUUUCUCUAAGUGGUCAGGAGUUAUCUCCCCUGCCCUGUUGGAAAUCAAAGUUAAAACUCAGGUUAACACCAAAAGCAUUUAAUGGUUUUCACUUCAUAUUCAUUGAUUUUAUUUCUUAUGGUUUUUUUUUAUUAUUAAGAUUGACAUAUCUAUAUUUAUUGAUUUUAUUUCUUAUGUUAUUGGGUGUUUGUGAUUAAGACUGACCUAUCAAUUCUUAAAUGAUCUCCUGUAAUAGGUUGAAGUUACCUUCCUUCCAUUGUAGAUCCAUUGUAUAUACCGGUAUCUAAAAUGAUUCUGUGUUUGAUUGUUGAUAUUGAUGACUGUUGUGAUGUUGUGGUUAAUUUAAUACCAUGUAACCCUUAUAGUAACGUAUACAUUUCCAUUAUAUAUUACCUACUUUACUGUAUACUGAUCCAUCUAGCUGAACUAAAUACAGCUCAUCAUUAUAUUCAUACUGUUAAUUACUAUGUAAUGAUGAGCUGUGUUUUUGUCUGAUUGGUAUUUACUUUAAUUCAAUUUGGUUAUAAAUUCUAAGCUAUAAUUCAUUUGAAUCUUAGUUAAAAAAGUUUUCGUCGAAUCUCUUGCCAAUUUAACCUGCUCAUUGACACCAUCAUAUAGCUUGGAAUAUCCAGCAACAAUUAUUAUAUUGUUUCUUUUAUAUAAUUCUGUCAAUGCAAAGAAACAAGUUUUCCAUUUUUUUUGUAAGCUUAAUUUAUAAUUUGUAUAAAAACAUUUAAAGCAAGUUUUAUAUAACCACAGAAAGUUUUUUGAGUUUUUGAUGGUUUUUGCUAGAAAAAAAAAUGUACAUUUAAGUUUAUGAAAUAGACAUUAACUGGUUCUGUGGCUGUUAUUUUCAAGGUGUCCAUUUUUUUUGUCUUUUUAUUCCUUAGAAAUAGAAAAUUUCAACCAGUACUACAGUUUAAAGCCCCUUUCUACGCAUGAUCAGUGAUUACCAGAUAUAAUUAAUGGUUAUGGGAGCACAAAAUAUAUGAAGUAUUAUCUUUGACCUUUGUAAUGUAUUUUAAGUGUUGAUGUGCCAACAGCUAUUUGCCAUAUAUGAUGUGAGAUUAGUUGAAUGUCUAAUAAAAAUGUUUGAAACUGCUU